UUAAAAGUAAGUACGGAAUGAAACGCAAUUUCUAACGACGAAAAUCGUAUUCUGUGAUGGAUGAUUGAAAGAGAAAGUAAUGAAAAGAGAAAAUAGUUUAUCAUGAAUUUCCUAAAUUACAAAGCAUUUAUGUACAACUAAAUAUUAUAUGAAUCUAUUAUAAUCGAAACAGGAACAUUUAAUAUCCAGAAUACUUACAGUGAAACAAUGUAUUUACUUUAUUUUAAAUCAAAUUUACAAGUAUUCUAGUAGUCGACCUUCCAUUUAUUGACUUAAUAUCAGUUAUUUCCAUAAUGAAUUUUGCCAUCUCCAGGGAAAAAAUUGAAUUUAUUUAAGUUCAUUAAUCUUGCCUUUUACUUCUCUUCCAAUAUGCACUGGUACACCAUUUUGUUGCAAAAUGACUGACGUGUCAACAAAUGGAAGGUCAACAACUGAAACAUUAUCUGUGAAUUUAAUAUAAAAUCAAAAGUAGAUGAAAAUGAAUAAUUAUUAUAUUUUUAAAACGGCCUACUGUAUUAAGUAGCUUUUGUUGACUAUUUCAACGGACACCACGUAUAUCAACUUCGCUUUGUGCGUAUGGCAAAACAAAACAAACAAUUCCAACACCAAUUAUAAUGCGAGGUUAGGUAGAACCAAAAAAUUUACAAGUGCCAUUGUUUGUAACAUAAAUUCCCCUUGUCAUUUUCACGCUACACGAUCAUUAUGGCCGAAGAGAAGAGAAAGAUGAAAGGAUGCUACUGUAUCCGUCAGAAAUUUCAGAUGCAACAACAAAAAAAGAAAGAACAAUGUAAGAGGAAGAGACAGAUACUCGUAUAUAACCCUGAAGAGGAAUCGUGGCACGAACCGUACAUGAGAAACUUGCGAAAGGAGUUCUCAGAUGUGUCUAUAUUGUGCGAUUCGAAAAUCGAAUUGCCUUGGAGAGAUAUCGCGUUACCGGCUGCCGGCAUGAAAAUUCGUCAAGAGGUUUCGUUGACUCCUUUAAACGACCACCAGGAGCAACCUGGCGACGAGGACGCCGGGAUACAACCGACGGCAGAGGAAUCCAUGGGUACUAUGGCUUUGCCAUGGAAAGAUUUGGUGAUAACUGAAACCGUACAGUCGAAACAAGCUGAUCCCGAGAGUUGCGAUUCGACGUUAGAAAUUCCAUGGAACGAUCUCGUCCUCGAGAGACCCAUUGAAAUACGAGCACCGUCCGAAGAAGCUUGCGACAACGAUGACGUGGAAAUUCCGUGGAAUGACAUUUUGAUACCGCGAAACAUAGUCAUCGAGUCGCAGAAAAAGAAGAAGCAUCCAUCUUCCAAGUAUCCACCGCGCCCGUUGUCAGCCACGGGGUGUACUAACUGUAAGAGAUGUUGCGCGACUGUAGGAAAUGGAAUGAGAUCUGCGGCCUCUUGUAAAUAAUUCACGAAGAUGGCAGAGAAACUGGACAAAAUUUUUAUCUUGCUAUACUUGUUUGGAAAUAUCUCGUUUUCAUAGGUAUUUGCAAUACUUACACCGUACAGAAUGUAAUAUCGGGUGAACUGUAUUUUGAAACACAUGGAGAUGGUUGUUGGAAUAUUUUGUUUGGAACGUUUCAAACUUGUAAACAUCAAAAUACAAAAAAAAAUUGUAAUUUAAAUUCAAUUCUUUUAAAAUUAAAAGGUAAUAAUCAACAAAAGAUCAAUUAUUACAAAACUUUAAAGCACUGUAUCUUAAUACUUACAACUGACUCUACAUAAUUUAACACAAUCAAAAUUCAUAAUAACCCAUAAGGUGUAAGUUUUGUAAAUAAUCACCCUUUGUUUUGUUUAUCUAAAAACUUAAUUAAAUUGCUACAUUUCGAAAACUUGGAACAAUUCGAUCGAAAUCCUUUAAUUAUGUAUACAGCGCAUAACUUGCGACAGUUGAUACUGCUUUCGCUACAAUAAGAGGUCAAACGACAGUGCUGGUGAAACAUCGAAUCGUUUGUCUAGAAGGACAGUUUAUACCCAGUAGCAUCGAGAAACGUCGUCCGUGGGAAUUCAGCCGCGAAAUAAAAUUAUUCGCCGUGUAAAUAAUCAUGUGUCAAUAUCGUUGCAUGCAUAAAGUAUUAAACCGCCGUUGCUAAUAACCGUCUAGGCGUAGUUAAUGCGAUGCUCAACGUACAUUGAAAAAAAAAACAAACUGUUCAGACGUAAUACGAUUAUCAAUUAAUGAAAUGAAAUACAGUACUAUACGUUCCAUUUCAGAUACUGUAUAAUCAUUUGUUCGCAUCCAACCUGUAUUAAAAGACUCACAAUCGUAAAAUAUAAAAAAAAGCAGUUACAUUACGUAAGGCUUCAUGACUCCAAGGGCGCCCAGAAUUUUUUUCAUUGAGUUUAUUUUUAACUGAUCGAAGUCAUUUGAUGGUUAUUCUGAUAUUCUCGUACCGAGGACGGAAAUAAUCUCUUAGAGAGAAAUAAAAAAGUAAGAGUUUCAUCGAGUAGGUGGAUCCCAUCUUUUAUCGUUUUAUUUCUAUUCAAAAACAAGUAGCGAUACGUAGAAAAAUUGAUA